AAACACAUUGCUGGAAUUAUUGCCAAGGAGUAUUACCCACUCUUUGCAGGGUCCAUGGAAUGCUACUGAGAUAAAAAUAUAAUGGUAGUGAAACAUCAUAAAGGCAAACAAUCGAACGACGAUGGCGAGGGUGGAUCAGUCAAAUAAUCAUGGCAAAUAAAAAACCACAACCAGUUUCAUGCAAAAUUCUAAAAGUAUGCAACAUUAACUGUUCUUAAAGUCGUGAGAGUAAAUUAACAAAAUUCAAAGUUUUAGCUGAUCGAUUGCGUGUACUUCAAGCUGAGAAUGGAUCGUGUUUGCAUUUCAGAUUACUAAUUAUUUGAACAGCCACUGUCUUAUCGCAAAUCAACGUGCCUUGGGUAGAUUCCUAGACAGAAGAUCAUGAGGAAGGUUUGUAAAUAUGUCACAAGAAAUAAAUGUUAACCCUCCGGUGGCAAGCGAGGAUCAUGCUGACAAUGACAACGAUCAAGAAAAUAUUGUUUCAAACGAGGUUGAUGACAACUUAGUCGUUCCAACGAGCGUAAGUGGUGCAGUUGAUGAACAAACUUCGAAUGAAGACGGCGAACCUGUGCCAGUUGAUGAACAAACUACGAAUGAAGACGACAACCAUGUGCAGGAUAUUGCCCCCGGUGACGAUGACGAGCAGGAACUUACAUUCGAAGAAGUUCCUGUUUCACCUGUUAUGCAAGAGAAAAUUAAGAGAAUUGAAGCUGUUUUAGAGACAUCACGUGAUCCUAAAAGUCUAAAACAGUUUGCUUUGUCUGAAGGCGGUCUCGUCACUGAUGAAAUUCGAAGAAAAGUUUGGCCAAUACUUGUCGGAAUUGAUGCACCAUCAGAUACUGAACUUCCCAGCCAAGCUGAAUUAGAAAGUCAUGCAGAAUAUCAGCAAGUAGUGCUGGAUGUUAAUAGAUCUCUCAAAAGAUUUCCACCAGGUAUUCCAUAUGAACAGCGAGUGGCUUUGCAAGACCAGUUAACAAGGCUUAUACUGAGGGUAAUAAUCAGAUAUCCUCAUUUGCGGUACUACCAGGGUUAUCAUGAUGUUGCAGUGACAUUCCUUCUUGUUGUGGGAGAAUCUGUUGCAUUUAAAAUAAUGGAGAAGCUCUCUACUACUCAUCUCAAAGAUUGUAUGGCAGCAACUAUGGAAAAAACUUCCUAUUUGCUCAAUUACAUAUAUCCUCUAAUCCAGAGGUUGCACCCGUCACUAUGUGAUUAUUUGGAGAGGUCAGAAGUAGGAACAAUGUUUUGCUUGCCAUGGUUUCUAACUUGGUAUGGCCACAAUUUAAAUAAAUAUCAAGAUGUGGUUCGGCUGUAUGAUUUCUUCCUUGCAUCACCACCACUAACACCAUUAUAUCUGGCAGCAGAGAUUGUAGUAUAUCGGCAAGAUGAGAUAUUUGCAGUGGACUGUGAAAUGGCCAGUAUCCACUCACUUUUGUCACAGAUUCCAGAUGAUUUACCAUUUGAAGAACUAUUAAAAAAGACAAGUGACCUAUAUCUACAGUACCCACCAGAAAGUAUUGAAGCAGAAGUUUCUGAGAGGUCACGUAGAGAGUUGAGACCAAGGAGAUCUGUUGUUCCACAGAGACCUUUGCCACCACAACAGUUCAGCACACUCUGGAGGUGGUUGGAGUGGAGUGGAGUAGUUCAUCAAGGAGCACCUCGCCGAAAAUUCACAAUGCUUGUUGUUCCAGUUGUUACCACAUUAGUUGUCAUUUACGCCUAUUGUAAAGCAGCUGAGGCAUACACUUUUGAUCUCGUCACAUCAAUAAGAUAGUAAAAGUAGAAUCAAGGACAACUGAAACUAUAUACAGUGUUAGAUUCAUUACAGAUUAUUUGUUGGGCAUUUUAGCAGAAUCAUGCCUUUUACCCGUGCAAUACUCCAACAAUACUGUUUUUCAAUGUUACAGUCAUUGUACCUGAUGGCAUGAUCUGCAUCUGUGGGUUGCUAGAACAUUACUGUAUUCUGACAGAUGGUAUAUAUGGUGCUAAACAUGGAGUACCAUGAUUGAUGCUAGUGAAAUGAAUUAACAGGCACGUUUGUGUGCUGAGGCUACAUUCGUAUCAAACUUGUCAACAUAUAUAAAGAGCAACUUAUUUUUCAAUAAUUAUAGGGUGUAAAGAAUAUUUGUGAGAUUUGUGAGAAAUACAGAAAUGUCUUUACUUGAGAGUGUUGCAUCAGUUUAAUAGAAUGUGCGAAUAGUCUGCCUGAAAAAGGCCCCAAUAGUUCAGAAAGAAUGCUAAUAUUUUUAUAUGAUUCCUUUAGCAAUAUAUAUCACUACUGUUUCUUUUGUGAUCAGGGACUAGUGUACAGCUAUAGUUAUGAUUGAUUCCUCAAAAAAUGGUAUGUUCUGCACAUGUUCAACCCUGCAACAGUGGUUUGGACACAGAUCUGAAGAAUGAUGAAACUCUUAUCUUCAAAUGAUGGAUACUGCAUUUAUCUGCUUCUGUAAAACAGCAGAGGACUGAAGAAAUAAGCAUAUAUCAUGAUUGUUACAUAAUACUUGUUGAUAUAUAUAUAUACAUGCAGACCAGUGCCCAUAUUUUUCACAAGUGAGAAAUAACGUGUUCACAGUAUGUGGCUUUUGUCAUUACAAUACUGCAGAUUUGUACUGUACUCGUUUCCAAGUAAAAAGUUGAGCCUUCAAUAACAGCAAACAUUAGAAAGUAAUGACUUAAUGAGUGACUAUAAUGCACAUUCAAAAACGCCAUACUACUAAACAAAUGAAGCAAAGUUGUGAUUGACAGUGAUGUUUGGAAAUACACAUUCCUUGGUGUGGUAUCUUUGAUCAUGAAAGAUCUGUAUUACUACCAGUUGCCUCACAUUAUUAAGAAGAAAACUUGCUUAUGUUAAUUAAGGGUCUAAAAGUUUUCCACCAUAAUAUCCAUAAUAGGUACCGUUAAAAUUAACAGAAUUGUGAAGACUGAUUAGUUACUGUUUUUUUAUUGAUAUUGCUUUAAUCAAGUGAUUUUGCAUAGAAAGAAAUUACAGUCUGCAAUGGCACUAAGCCACAUUUAUCAGGUGCUUUGAAUGUUUCUGAACGCGUAUGUCAGUUUAUGCCAAUUUUGUUAUAUUUAUUCUAUACAAAUACUUAAUUCGGUGCAAGGAGUAAGCUUUGAGAUAAACAACAUACUUGUGAAGACUGGCUCAAGUUACUAUCCUCUUCUAACUUCAUGCAGUAAUUUCUAUACCAUUACAAGUGUCUGUUCCUGUAACUUCAGUGCACAUCAUCAUUAGAACCAUUACUUAUGUAUCUGAAAGUGAUGAAUUUACUUCUAGACUAUGAAGUAAACCAAAAUAAUAGUAGUUUAGUGAAUGAACAUGUUUUUAAACAAAUAUGGCUUUUAAUCAUAGGAUGAGUAUUUUUUCUUAUAGUAUUCCCAUCCACAUUAUAACUUACAGUCCUAUUUUGAACAAUGUAUCAAAUUUGGUCCUGUGGCACCUAUGUAUUGCAUUUUACCUUCAGUUUGAUUUGAUAUCUCAAUCAACAGCAGAGUUUUGAAUAGUCAGUACAUUAUGCUGGAACUUCCAGUAGCUGUAGAUUUCUGAAAGCAGAUGCAUAGAGAUUGUUUCAGGCAGAAUGUAUAUCUAUGUAGAGAAUAUUGAUUUGUCUCUCUGCCCAUUCAGUGAUUUUAAAUAUACUUUUACAUUUCUUUUAAGGCCAUUUGCAAACUAAGUAGUGCCUGUUUUUUUUACAUUUUCAUAUUAUUAUUAUUAUUAUUAUUGUUAUUAUUGUUAUUGUUUGUUACUUCAUGCUUUUCUUGUUGAAGAUACUAUUUCAUGACACUUUGCUGUAUUAUUACAAUUUUUACCCCCCACCCCCUACCCUUUUUUUCAAGAACACUGAGUAUUAAUCACGUUAAAGACCUGGAGAAGAUAGAAAAUUAUGUCAGAAAUGGGACACAAUGUAUAGCUUUUGAAUGAUUUUCGAUGUUUGAUCUCUUGUGAAAUAACAAAAAAAUAGCAUAGCACAUGUAAAGCUGAACUUGUGGAAAAAAUUGUCUAUCAGCAAGAGACACAAAGAGACACCUAUAAUAUUACUGUAUUAGAUGUUGGAGUGACACAAGUCAUGCUCUAUGGACAAACACUGCUUCUUGUUAAGAAAUCAUGUACCUGCGGACCUCACUUCAUUCAUGGUGUAAUAUAUCAAUGAAAAUAAUCAGUUUUUGGGAAUAUAAGUAACAGACAAAAGUUUAUUCAACCGGUGGUAGCAGGAGAGCACACGCAUAAAAGGCAUUACAGUUUGCUGGCUUUCAGAGCUAGUGGGUCCUGCUUCUGGCAGAAGGGUUGCAGGGGAAGGAAGAGGGGUGAUGGAAAAGGGCUGGUGAGUUUUAGAAAAAGUCAUCCAGAUCCCCAGGUCAGGGGAGACUUACCAGACAGAAUGAGAAGGAAAGACCAAUUUUGGGGACUGCUUUGGAUGAGAUUUGAAAAUCUCAGAGCUUAAAGGUGGAAGAUAGGGUAAUAUGCCAGGCAGAAAUUAGUGUUAAAACAUCAUUCAUUAGUUUUUAUUUAUUUGUUUAUCUACAAAUUCCAUAGAUCCUGUUACGCGUAUGACACUAGGAUGUAGAAUGACUUGAGUAAUAUAUGUUUACAGACAAUGGUAUCAGUUAGUUUACAAGAGCAGAACUAUACAUAAAUUACUAAGACUUGCAAGAAUAAUAAUGAACUAAAAUAAAGUCAUAGGAAUAAUACAUUAUGCAUAGUUUAUAACAUUGCAAAAGCCUAUUUGUCACAGUAAGUAUAUGGUUACAAAUAUAUCAGUGAGCUGUUUGUUACUAAUCAAAAUGCUGGUGUCGUCAGCAAACAUGGUGAACUUGCACGUAUUGCAUGAAAAAGGUAGGUCAUUUAAGAAGAGUAAAGAUCUAAGUGCAUUACAUGUGAUAAAGGUGGGAGGGGACAGUGAAAAAUAGACAGGGCAGAAAAUGAAAGAUGUAGAAAACUAAAAGGGAAUGAAGAAAGGAAUAGUUACUGUGAAGAAAUGCUGAGACUGAGGAAGUAAUAUCUGUCUUGCAUAUUGCCCUAUCUCCCACCUUCAAAUUCCCAGAUUUUCAAAUCUCAUACACAGUCCCCAACAAUCAGUUUUUCCUUCCCAUCCCAUCUGGUAAGUCUCCCCUGGUAGCAAACUGUAAUACCUUUUAUACGUAUUUUCUCCUGUCACCACCUGAUGACUACAUUUUUUUAUAUAUUUGAUUACUUAUGUUCAUUGAUGGUGUAUUUUGUUUUGGUUUAGUGUUUCUUUUAUUUGACUAAAAUCUUGGAUGCUGGACCAACAAAACUGUAUUUUUUGUCUGAAGACUGUACAGUACUGCUAUACAGUACUGCUAUCAGUAAUUGUGAUCUAUUUAAAAUUAUAAGUUUUUAUCUAAAUUUUGCUCAUAAAAUUCUUGUAACUUAUCCAUGUUACUUUAGAAGACCGUUUCACACAUGUACUUGCUUUCAUUUUUUGAACAGUAGCCUACUGAUUUCAUGUGUAUUGCUAGCUAAAUAACAGAGGUAAUGGUUACAUUUUGUACAGAGGAGGAAGUAGUAUUGUACAGCUAAUCAUACUGCUGGUUGGGUAUUUGCCUUUUAAGCUUCAACACUCCAACAAGAUUUAAAGUACUGCUUAUUUCAUUCCACGUGAAAAUUCUGAUUUUCUUUUGUUUACUCAUCCUUCUGAACAGUAUUCACAUGCAAGAACGAACUUCGUCUUUCAUGAUUUCUCAAAUGUCUUUUAUGUGCACGUAAUAUGCUUGCCAUUCCCUGCCACUUCUCCUGUUUUCUGUAUUACUGUUUAAUAUUAAAUCAGAAUGAGGUGGAGACAUAUGCAGUUGAGAAUUAAAAACAGUCAGCAUUUUAUAUAGAAUUUGCACUGAGAGAAAAAAAAGUUCACUCACUAAAAAAUUAUGCGUUUAUUUGCUGUAAUUAUAGAUUUCUGUUGCAACAUCAUUAUCCGGACUGAAUAUGCACUGGCAAAAGAAAGAAGUAAAGAAUAUGAAACAUAGUUCAAGAUAGUGAAACGUUUAACUUCACAACUGAAAUAGUAUUAGCCUCAAGUGCUUAUUACUUUCUGCAAAUUAUUUGGUUCCAAAGCCUUAUGAUGACCCAAUAAUUUACAAGUGUGAUAAAUGGGAAUUUAAUGACUAAAUAUUUCGUUUUAUUCUUUUAAAGGAUUACAUGAUGUUUCACUUAUUCCAGUUGUUUGGUUGUGAACUGCUACUAUAACUGGAUAAGAAAUUUAGACAUUCUAAAAAGAAGUUAUUAAUAAUGAAACAUUAACAAGUGGUAAAACAAGAGAUUAUUCCCAAUAUUCUUUCUUUCUUCUUUUAAUCAAAAUAGCUGAAAUAUUGUGGACUCUGUAGGGAGAACCCUAACAUAUUUAUGAUUUUGUGGAUUAUCAAGUGUACAAGUAUGAAAUGUGAAUUUUUUGUCAAAUAAAAGUAGAAUUCAGAAGAAUGGUAAGUAGUGCUUUAUUCAAAGUAUGCUUCAUCAUUUGUUACACAUUUAUCCCAUCUUUCAGGCCAUGGUGACUGCUACGCCAGUAAAAUUUUUCCCCUUUUGCUGCAACCCUUUUGUCGAGCCAUUUUUUUCCACACCUUCAUAUGAACCAAACCACUGCUCAGCAUCUGUGUGAGCCAUCGAUGCACACAAAUGGUAACCAGAAGGAGCCAAGCCUGAUGAGUAAGCUGCAUGGAGUAGAACUUCCCAGACAAGUACUUCCAGCGUGUCACAAACCAGUUUUGCUGUAUGUGAAGGACCAGUGGCAGGAAGAAAAUUGCUUAGGCUACUGUGGCAUUUUUUUUCAAGCACCAAAUGGUUCAUACAAGUCCAUUGUUGUUGGUAACACCUAGUAUUAACAGUUUUGCUAGGCUUUAACAGCUUAUAAUAGACUGUGCCUUUCUGGUCCCACCAAACACAGAGUAUUGCCUUCUUGCCAAAGUGAUUCAGACUGGUAUGCUUGGAUUUAAUCAUGAUUUUUGCACUUGAGCUUCUCAAAAUAAAUCCACUUUUCAUCCCCGUAACUAUACACUGCAAAAAUUUUUUUGGCUGUUUUCCAUGUUCCUUGUUUACAACAUUGAAGCCACUAGUUUUGAAAUACCAAAACCACUGUUCAUGGGUAACUUGCAAUGGAGCAUCUUCACCAUAAGCUUCUUGGAGUAAUUGGUAUGAUUCAGCAGCUGUUUUCUUCAAAUGAAAACAAAAAAUUAAUGCUGUCCAUGAAUGCUCUUUGUUAGAUAUAAAUAUUGACAUAUUGAACACAACACUGUACAUGUACUUUUCCAGUUUAUAACUCAUGCAUGUCUGACGCAUGACAACACAGUAAAAUCAAAUCUUUAUAGCAAAAGUUGCAUUGAUGCUACAUCUGUUGUCUGAAAUCCGCAUUUCAUACUUGUAUACCUGGUACAUUUCAGUGCGUAGUCAUUUUACUGUUUCAUUGUCAGUUCAUAACAUAUUGUACAAGAUUUGACAAUGUAUCUGGCAUUUUAAUUGAGAAGAUCAAUAGUUAAUUCAGACACUCUGCCUUAUUUCAACAGAAAACAGAAUAACAUUGUUUACAUGUAUAUAUAACCCAAGAACAAACUGUAAAAAAAUUAUUACUUUCACUCUAUUUGCUUACAUGGCAUAUCCCAAUUAAAUCUGAUCAUUUUAUUUUUUGUUUUUAAAGCUUGUUUGUCUAUAUUUCUUAUUGAAAACUUGAAUUCAUUAUUUUAUGUAAUUAAAGCCAUUCUAGUCAUUUACCAUAAGGGUUUCAGGUAGUUUCGUUACUGUGAUUUUAUUGUUAAUUAAACUAUAAUAAUCAGAUUUUUAGAAUAUCAGCAGUGGAAGUCUGGAAUUUGUUUAAUUCAAAUAUUAGAAUUUGUGGUUACUUUUUCAUAUCCAUACAUGAUGGCACAUGUGAUAUUUUGGUUUAUACAUUAGAAAGACCAGUAUGAAACAGUUACUGAUGUAUGAUAUGAGUAAGAAAUAAGUUCUGCAGUGAUCCUGUGUUCUGCUUGGUGUUGGCUGUUAAAAUUCAUGACAGAUUUUGUAAUUUGAAAUGUGACAGUAUAAAUAAUUUGCUUUUCUAGUAAAAUGAAUAUUUUACACUGUUUUAAUGUGCACCUCUCUUUGUAUUUAUGAAAUUGAUUCAAAAACUGAUACCAAAAAAGUGAAAAUCAACAUUAUCUGGGACAUGUCAUUUUCCAAAACUGAAAAACCAGAACAAAUGCAACAGAACCACAGUUCUAAAAGUAAGCAGCUAAUUCCUAUAUUUUAUAAAUAUGUAAGAAGACUUUGAUUAGACUGAGGAGACCAAUGGGCAAUAGGUAGAGGAAGUUUCACCUCAUCAGUGGGCAUUCCUGUGGUGGAUGCAGGAGAUUUCUGUGGCCAUUAAAUGCCAAAGGAGGACAUUCCAGCAAUAUAAGUGCCCUCCAUUGAGAGAUACUGUUACCUUCAAUAUCUCUGAGCUGGAACUCGUCAUUAUAAAAACACAAAAGGAAGAACACUGUUAAUGUUUUGUAUCCAUCUUUAGAAGCUGUAACUCCCUCACAUAGGCAUGGAUCAACUUACAGCAUAUUUGUUGUCAACAACAGGAAAUGAUAUACCAGGCAUCUCUAAGGGUGGAAUAGUGUAAUCUGCCUACUGUCAUCACCAACUUUCUGGUGAUGUAUUUCACCCAAGCUUCAGCAUGUAACAACCACCCUCCUGCCUUAUGUCUCCACAAAAGAUGAGCAGAGAGCAUCACCCCUGGCUUUCAACACAGAAAAUUUGGAAUCUAUAAUAUUCUUGUUUGUGAGAGAAAACUCCUCACUGUACUUACAAUUUACCGAAAUACCGUUCCAGUCCCUGAUAAAAUAAGUAGUCAAACAUUAAACCAUCUACUUAUAAAAUCUGAGCACCACAUCCUUGCUAUUCUGGGAUCCAGAUGGGGAAUUUUAAGAUUUUCUGACCUACAAGACUAUUGACAUACCACACAAGACAGAUGUUACAGUAGUUUUUGUUUAUUUAUGGAGAAAUUAUGUUCACAGAUAGCAUGAGAGUUAUAUUGUGUUGUUCUUUGUGUUCAUGUAUUGGUGGCAUUUGUAUUGGUGAAAGAAAUAAAUUGUUUGUUUGAAAGUUGGAA